UGGGCGGGGAAGGUAGGGGCCAGGAAGCGGCGAGCGCGCCGGCGAGUGCAGCUGCGGGCUGACGGUUGGCAGGAGCCGCGGAGCCGGCGCCGAGAGCGGCUGCGGCUGGAGCGGGGGCCCGAGACAAAGGCGACGAUAGGGCCAGUUUUGAAUGUGCGGAUUUUUGAGUGAAACCUUGAACCCAAAUGAGAAGAAACCUUAAAGGAACAACUUCUACUGACUGAAUCUGCAGAGUCAGCUUUAUGCAUAGUAUGGAAUGUUCUCAACUGAGAGAUAACUGAAUGGUUGGCUCAUUGACGAGGAGUGACUACCUGUUACAGGCCCUGGGUCAAGACAACAAUUAUUAUAUCUUGCUGGUGGUUCAGAAACAAGUCUCUGUAGAACCAGAAGCAAAGAAAGGACAGUCUGACUUUUAAAAAAUUAAAUUGACUAUAUAAGAUACUUGACUUCCAUGAAAAAACAGUGAAAUAAUAUUAUCAUUUUGACAUCAUUGGACAUUCAUCUUAUUGAGGAGCGUGCUUUGUGGAGCUUUCUGAGUUGAGAUUUGGAACCUUCACUGGUGCCCAUUUAUACGUUGGACUGUAAGCAUGAGUGAAUUCUGGUUGUGUUUCAACUGCUGUAUUGCAGAACAGCCUCAGCCUAAAAGGCGACGACGGAUUGACCGAAGUAUGAUUGGAGAGCCAACAAACUUUGUACACACCGCUCAUGUAGGAUCAGGAGACCUGUUCAGUGGAAUGAAUUCAGUUAGCUCUAUUCAGAACCAAAUGCAGUCCAAGGGAGGCUAUGGAGGAGGAAUGUCUGCCAAUGUGCAGAUGCAGCUCGUGGAUACGAAGGCAGGAUAGCCCUGGGUCCCUUCUACAGUCAUUGUGAAUUUCUAUUUUCUCUGUCCACUAUUCUGUAAUUUUUUUUUUGUCUUGUGAUUGCAGUUCUUUUAUUUUUAAUUAUUAAAAAAGAAGUGUGAUGGCAUCUUGUCACUCUCUUGUGAUUACUCUGGUGAGACAUUACUAUUCUGCUCUGAAGAAGAUAUUGUCAGAUGAAUCCUGCAUUUUCUUCAGCUGGCAUGCAUGCCUUUGGACUUAUGGACAGAGUUCUUUGAAUUGUAGCUGAAUUUUCAAUGUUUAAUCAAUAUGGAUCUGAUCUUAGCAUGAUCUUUUUUGUGAAUGCUAGCUCCAUUUUGCAACUUUUUUCCAUUAUAAACAUUUUUCUUUCCACCUUUAGCCCUCUGCCUUAUGAUUUUAUUGGUAAGCAAGGACCUGCUAUUGUUAACUUGUUGCCACUUAUGUUUAUGUAUAUUUUGGAAGGUGUGAGACCACAAGCACAAUGAUCAUUUUUAUUUGUUUGAAACUUCAACAGAAUAUAUAUCUGCAUGCUUUAUGAGGUUGCUUUGAUGAGAGCCCAUGGGAUGCCAGAAAUUAAAUUUUUGUUGCUGCCAUGGGCGGAUGAUACUGCUGCUAUUGGAUAGAGAAAGUUUAGCUGUGGCACCAAGUCACAUCAGUUUCACAGAAAAAAAUGACUUGUAGCAUAUUUUAGAAGUAUGAUAUUUUGGUCUUUUUGGUUAGAAUUGUAAUACAAGAAAAGCUUGCAUUCAUAAGGCAUUCAUUCUGUUUUAAAUGUUCAGUAUAUUUAUUUUGAGAGCAAGAACCUGUGAUUGUAAACAGGUAUGUUAUGUAUCUGAGUGUUGUGGUAAUACUUUCAUCUGCUCAGAUUCUCAGCGUCUUCAUCUUAUUAGCUAUUCAUUUCUUUGUGUAUUCAUUCUCUUUUAUUUUUACUUGUUUUUAUUUUAUGUUUAAUAUUAUGGUAUUCAGUUGUUUCCAGUAGCAGUGUGUUGAGCUUCUGGCCUGUACUACUAAGUGCAGACCUCCAGAGUCAUUGGCUUUUCUGUAUUCUACAUAUUUGGGGGGCAGUGCAAGUUGCCAAGAGCAACACACUGACCUGACUGAAUUGUUGCCAAUGAAAACAACCUAUAUAGUAACUUUCUAUGGUAUUAGUAAGAAGCCAUUGCUCAGGUUCCAAGAUAUGUUCAUCUUUCACAAAUUUUGUGUAUUUCAAAUAUUUUUAUAAACGUUUCUUCUUCCCUACCAGAGUGUCAUGAUAAGCCAUUGUCAGUCGUUUAUGCUCUCAUUAAAAUGUUUAAAUCCUAUGUCAACUUCAGGCCUAUAUAACUACAUUUGGUAGGAUUAACAUUUCAUGCAGCAAAUGUGGCUUAAUUGAAAACUUACUUAGAGAGCUAUAAGGAAUUAGGUAAUAGAAUAAAGGAACAAUGAUUUUUUUUCUCUUCUGCCUUCGUUUGUCCCUUUUCCUUCACCUUAGUCCCAGGACCUUAUGAAACAGGUAAUUGAAUAAGUGUUAGGUUUAUGUAGGCAAAACACAGAAGUAUUUUUCCCCCAAUUCUUUUGAAUUUAAUUUGCCCAGUAUAGCCAGGUACCAGAUUACUCAGUCCUUGUAUUUUACAAUUUUGAGCAUUCAUAGGUGUCAAUCCCAACCACAGAGAGAAUCUGUCAAGAAAAAAUCAUUCAGACUCUUCAAAAUAGGCAUUUUGCAGUUUGUUUAAUAACUUCUAAACUUGAAUUCAUCUGUUGUCAUUAAUUCACUGUGUGGACAUUGUACUCUGGAAUUUGCCUGAGUACCAUUGUCAUUCUGCUCAACCAGGGUCAGUUUCCUGACGGGGACACUGCUGUGUGCAAGCUCUUUAAAAGAUGGAUUGGAUUUUCUUGGCAUUAUCAGCACUUAUGCUAUUUAGUCUACUUAUAUUUUGACUUUUAAAAUUAGUAAAACUUUUUAACUUGUCACAGAACUCCUAGAACAACAAUACAGGGAACCAUUGUCCCUUUUCCCCAACUUAUGAUUUUUCCAGUCACUUUUUGCUGUUGCUCCGAAGACCAGUGAGUUUUGGAGCAUAUCUCCAUGUUAUGCCAAAGGCUGGGCUCUUCAGCCUGUUACUGUUCUGCAGCUGCCACUAGCCUCACAGGCACAGGACAUGCACUGUUAACUUGUGUAGGAGCAUAUGCUAAGGGCACCUGAGAAAGUGCCAAUAAAAUCACAAAAUAAGAAAAUUACAAAAAAGAUACUAACCUUGGACAUAAGUUUUUUAGGGAGGCUUCAGGAUAUUUGAGAGUAUGAAGCGAGGCAGCUUUCCCACAUUCAUAAAUGGGAUCGUAAAUCUCUAGAGGCCAUUUGUUCCUCAAAGUAGUUUAUCUCGUUUUUAAAUUGAAGCUAAUUUUUAAAAUAGGCUUUUUCUGCUCAAAAUUCAUUAUACUGUUAGUAUUUUGCUGAAAUAUAUGCUAACAACUGUUAAGCAAGGGAAACUGAAUGAAGAUUUAAUCACAUGGAUUCUGUUAGCAGUAAUCUGCAUUCUGUGAAAGAGGUCCUUUCCCGUGAUAUAGGCAUGAAGCUGUGCCAAUAAGCAUGGAGUAAAAUGUUAACUUUAUUGAUCUGGGUUCAGCAUUUCCAGUGCAGCAUUAUCAGUGGGCCUAAUACUUUGUGAAUACAUUAGCUUCCACUUUUCUUAUUAAAUUAUAGCAGUUUCAUUAUAGAGAACAAGUUUGCCUUGAUUUUGUUUAAAAUGACUUCUGCUCAGCACCCAGAAGAUAAAAUUGACAUAUUUUUAUAAUAUAAGCAUACUUUUUUUGUACAUUGUGUUCAUUCUUGAAUAAAGUGAGUUCAGUGUUGGCUUGUAGAUAUUAAAAAGAAAGUAUUGAUUUUGAUUUAAUAAAUGUUUUCUUUCAAUCCUG